UCGCCUGAAGGCAGGGUUCCGGGAAAGCGCAUGCCGGAGGAAGGCGAGUUCGAGCUUGACCGCCCAGAGGCGCGGCAGUGACGCCGAUGGCUGCGAGGUCCAGGGUCGCCGCGCCGCCCCUGCGUGAGGGGCUUUUGGUAGUGAAAAUGGAGGAAGACUCCCCCGGAGGUCGGGAAUCCGACCCGGCAGGCGACUGGCAAGAUCCUGAAACUUGUAGACAGCGUUUUAGGCAGUUGCGUUACCAGCAGGUGUCCGGACCGGAAGAGGCGCUGAGCCGGCUCAGGGAACUUUGUGGUCGGUGGCUGAGGCCUGAGGUGCACUCGAAGGAGCAGAUCCUGGAGCUGCUGGUGCUGGAGCAGUUCCUGUCCAUUCUGCCCGAGGAGUUCCAGGCCUGGGUUCGGGAGCACGGCCCGGAGAGCGGGGAGGAGGCUGUGGCCGUGGUAAGGGCUCUUCAGAGAGCGCUCGGUAGGACCUCACCCCAGGUGUUGGUGACAUUUGAAGACAUGGCUAAGUCUCUAACCUGGGAGGAGUGGGAGCAUCUGGAUCCAGCUGAGAGGGACUUCUGCAGGGAGAGCGUGCAGAAGUACUGCAGGAGCACAGUCCCACCUAGUUUGGAAAACAGAGUCGAGAACAAAGAGUUGAUUCCAAAGCAAGAAAUUUUAGAAGAAGCAGAGCCACAGGGCUGGCUGCAAGAAGUGUCCCAAGGGAAGGCCCCCCUGUUUUCCGAGUGUGGCGAUAUUUAUGAGGACAGAGUAGAAAAGCAGUCAAGAAACCCCUCCUUGAUGAAAUUUGAAAAUUCUCCUGAAGAGCAAGGCCCCACCAGUGUCUCAGAUCUCAAGAAGAAGGGUUCCACCAAAGAGACAGACUCUAAAAAUAACGAAUUUUGGAGCAGUGCCAAAAGUUCCAACUUUGUUCUUUGUCAGCACAUCCAGACAACAAAGAAGCCCACUGACAGCGAUGACCAUGGGAACAAAUGCAGACAGAGUUUAGAUAUAGUGAGACCUCACAAGGCUGUUGGCAGUGGAGAAAAUUUCCAUAGUGCUGGCUCUUUCGAGACCCAGAGGCAGUUCUGUGAAGAAAGACCUUAUAAAUGUGAUAACUGUGAGAAGAGAUUCAAACAGCGCUCUGACCUCUUUAAACACCAGAGAAUCCACACAGGCGAGAAGCCCUAUGCAUGCCAAGCAUGUGGGAAGAGCUUCAGUCAGAGUGCUGCCCUGAUUAAACACCAGAGGACACAUACAGGUGAGAAGCCAUACAUGUGUCUGAAAUGCGGGGAAUGCUUCAGGCAGAGUUCACAUCUAAAUCGGCAUCAAAGAACCCACAGCAGAGAGAAAUACUAUAAAUGUGAGGAGUGUGGGGAAACCUGCCAUAUUUCCAACCUUUUUAGACAUCAGAGACUACACAAAGGGGAGAGACCCUAUAAAUGUGAGGAAUGUGAGAAGAGCUUCAAACAGCGCUCUGACCUUUUCAAACAUCAUAGAAUCCACACUGGGGAGAAGCCUUACGGAUGCUCUGUCUGUGGAAAAAGCUUCAGUCAAAGUGCAACCCUCAUUAAACACCAGAGAACUCACACUGGAGAAAAACCUUACAAGUGUCUUGAGUGUGGGGAAAGCUUUAGACAAAGUACACACCUUAUCCGACACCAAAGAAUCCAUCAGAAUAAACUCUCAUCAUUUUGA